UACAAAUCCAUGCAAUGCAAGUUCGUGCAUGUUCCAGCUGAGUUGUGAGUGACACAUCUUUGCUGCAGAAGAGCUCUGUGUUUGAUGCUGCCGUGAAGUAUUUUUACUCUCCACCGCAUCAGCCGCAAUGUCUUCAAUAGAGAAACUCAGCAUCCGGGGUAUACGGAGCUUUGGUCAUGAGGACCGAGAACGUCAAGUUAUUGAAUUCUUUCAUCCACUCACUCUUAUAACGGGGCAGAAUGGUGCUGGUAAAACGACUGUCAUUGAAUGUCUUAAGUACGUCUGUACUGGUGAUAUGCCGCCUGGAGCUAAGGGGGCUGCCUUCAUCCAUGACCCAAAGGUAGCUCAUGAGACAGAGAUCAAAGCUCAGGUCAAGCUGAAGUUCAACGAUGACACAGGCAAAUCGGUUAUCAUCACAAGAAAUAGCGUUGUCACUCAGAAGUUGAAGAAGGCCGAGUUUAAAUCUAUGGAAGGAGUAAUCCUCAGAACUAAUGAACUUGGUGAGAGAGUCAGCCUGAGCUCCAAAUGUGCCGAGUUGGAUCGUGAGAUGGUGGCGUCUUUAGGGGUCUCUAAACCAGUCUUGAAUAAUGUCAUCUUUUGUCAUCAAGAAGAAGCGUGUUGGCCUCUGAGUGAUGGAAAGUCACUGAAAGGCAAGUUUGAUGAGAUCUUCGCAGCAACAAGAUACAUCAAAGCAUUGGAGGUCAUCAGGAAGCUAAGAUCAGAGCAGAAUACCAGCAUUCGUGAGUUUAAGACCGAUGUGAAAUACCUGAAGGAACGGAAAGACAAGGUCAAAGAGCUGAGUUCGGAGCUAGAGUUGAAGAAAACGACGCUGAGUGCUGCUAAGGAGUCUGUCAACCACAUCACGAAAGAGUUACACCCAUUGGGGACACGGAUUCAUGAGAUUGAGGAUCGAGAGGAGGAAAUCAAUCUCCUGAGCACAGAAGUUGCCAAACGCAAAGCGGAGAAAACUCAGAUGGACAAGAACAAGCAAGAGAUUGAAGACAACUUGGAGUUUAUCUUCCAAGGUACAAAUGAUGAGCUUCGAACAAUUUUCCAAGAGCACCAGGCAAAGAAUGAAGAGAAAGAAAAACAAUACGCCCAGACGGAGAAGAAGCUCAGCAGGCUUGGAAGUAGUCUUCAACAGGUUAACGAUAAGAAAUCACAACUUCUGCUGAAACAAGGAGAGCUGGGAACAGAGCAUAAGCAACAUCUUGAAACGAUCAAGAAGCGCGAUAGAAGGAUUCAAAAGGUUGCCUCGGACAUGCAGUUUGCUGGAUUCACCGGUACUGUCUUCUCCGAUGAGAAAGUGGAGGAAUUCGUUGAGUUGAUGGAUGAGGAGCUGAAGAAAAUUGAUGCAGAGGGCAAGGAGUUACUGGCUCAGUACAGAAGUAAAGAAGGGGGUUUAGAAACUCAACUUCAGGAGUUCCGGGACACCAAGACGAAGCUGCAACAUACCGUACAGAUGAAGAGCGAUAUGACAACAAAGAACAAGGAUGAGUUAAAGCGCAUCAAUCAUCAGUUGAGUCGAGUAGAAGCCAGCGCUCAUCAAUUGCGAGAGCUGGAGGAAGAACUCAAGAGAGCUGAGAGUGAGUUGAAGGAAGCUGAGAGUGCCAUGGACUUGGACAAACUCAGACGGGAAGUCCAGAAACUUCAGACGGAGAAACAAACACAUGACACUGAAAUGAGUCAAUUAAGCAAUGAGAUGUCAGCGAUAUCAUUACAAUCCAAGGCACGAGCUCAGCUAGAGAUACUUCAGAAAGAUAAGAACGCCAAGGAAGAUCAAAUCAGAAAGAUUCGGGGUCGUCAUGAGGAAGAUGUGAAUCGUCUCUUGGGUCACUUCCCUACAGAUGACAUCAGAAACAAACUUGCUGAUUAUCUCAUGUCAAGGGAUGCUGAGGUGAAGAACCAUUUGUCGGCAGUGCAGAGAAUCCGUGGUCAGUUGUCAACCAAGGAAGCUAACAGGAAAAUGAUCAUGGAUGAGUUGAAGAAGAAAGAGGAGGAAUUAAGAGGAUUUGAAGCUCGGCUCUUACAGGAAUGUGGAAGUCAAGAUGUUGGAGCGACACUUGAGCAGUAUCAGCAAUCUAUCACCAACCUACAGAGUGAGAAGGGUGCUUUGACUGGGAGUUCACAUCUCUUUGAGCGUUAUAUUCGCUCCUUGCAGAGAGCGGAGGCACAGUGCCCUCUAUGUCAUAGAGGAUUUGAUGGACAAACUGAAGUGGACGAACUUGUGCAAGAGCUACAAGACAAGUUGAGGAUGGCUCCGAGCAAGAUGGCGGAGAAAGAUCAAGCAAUCAAACAGAACAGAUCCAAGUAUGAUAAGCUGAUCGAGCUUAAACCCGUCAAGGACUUUGUGACCAAGUUAUCAGAGACUGAAAUUCCCGGGCUUCGAUCCAAGCUAACUGUCAUCAACGCUGAUAUUGAGAAGUUGAAAUCUUCACUUAAUGAUGAGGAAGAUUCUUUGAUGCUCGUUCAAGUUGAUCUGAGCAUGGCUAACGAGAUGAAACCAGAUAUAUGGCAGAUGGAUAGAUGCUUAGCAGAACUUAAAGAGCUUGAGAAGAGACUAGCUGUGCAGUCACAACAGCUAUCAGGAGCAGAUGCUGGAAGGACUAUUCAACAAGUUAAUGCCGAGAGGCAGGACCUUGAGAUCAAACUCGACACUGUCAACCGCACACUGGAUCAUAAACAGCGACUGAUCAACCAGCAGAGUAAGACGCUCCAGGUACUGGGUACCAGGAUUAACGACACUACCGGUGAGAAGUUACGUUUGAGCGGAGAGCUUCAACAACAGGAGAAGCUUCAUAGUCAGAAAGCCGAGUUGACUUCAGCCAAUCAGAGCUAUGAUAGAGAGAUCAUGGAUGCAAAUAAGCAACUGAAACCACUCGAGAGCAAACUGAGUAAGCUGAUGAAGGAUAAAGAAAAACUACAGAGGGAGAAAGAACAGAAGGUGGAAGAGCAUAAAUCCCAGUAUGACCUCAUCAACCAGAAGAAACAUGAUGUCAAUAUAUCUACAAAGAAUAUCAAAAGCUAUGAGGCUUCUGGAAAGGAAGAGAAGUUGAUAAAAGUACGCAGCGAUAUUACGUCCAUUGAAGACAACAUGGCUGAGCUGACUCGCAACCAGAAAGAUCUGACCACAACAAUCAAUCAAUUAAAUGAAGACAUCGCUAACCAACAGGUCAGGGAGCGAGAGUUAUCGGACAACAUUCAGCUGCGGAAGAAAGUUGCGGAGAUCUCGAAGGUUGAAGAGGAGCUGAACAAACUGAAGGAGCAGCUCGGAGGAAUUGAUCAGGAGAACAUGAAAGGAGAAAAGAGACAAUUACAGACCAGGUACACCAAAUUGACCAAAGAGAAAAACCAAGCUGAUGGUCGGCAGGCUGUCUUGAAGGAAGAGGUCAAGAAAGCUGAAAGGGAGUUAUCUUCGGACAUGUAUAGCAAUGCUGAUGACAAGUACAAUGACAUGAUGAUCAAACUACGGACAACGGAGAUUGCCAACAGCGAUUUGGAUAAAUAUUCCAAGGCUUUGGAUAGAGCUGUCAUGAACUAUCACCACAUGAAGAUGUCUGAGAUUAACAAGAUAAUCCGGGAUUUGUGGCGAGUGACAUAUAAAGGACAAGAUAUUGAUUACGUGGAGAUUCGUUCCGAUGAAGAGACCGGAGGAACGCAGCAACGUAAAAACUACAACUAUAGGGUUGUCAUGGUGAAGGGAGACACGGCAUUGGAUAUGAGAGGUCGUUGCAGUGCAGGUCAAAAGGUCCUAGCAUCUUUGCUCAUUCGCCUUGCGUUAGCGGAGACCUUCUGCCUAAGCUGUGGAAUUCUGGCUUUAGACGAACCAACGACCAAUCUAGACAAGGAUAAUAUUGAGAGCUUGGCACAGGCAUUGGUGGAAAUCAUCAAGAGUCGAGAGCAACAGCGUAACUUUCAGCUGAUUGUGAUCACUCACGAUGAAGACUUUGUUGAACUUCUAGGACACUCGGACUACACGGAUUACUUCUAUCGUAUCACCAAGAAUCAUGAAUUCAAAUCAACGGUUUCCAGGCGUGAAAUUGGAACACUUCAAGCCGUGGCGUGAUUUCCUGUUCUUCCUAAAGUGUCUAUCAGCCAUAUUUUUAAUAAAGAUUACGUUCGGUAAUUGUUUUGUUUAAUAAUCCGCCCGGGUUUUGUGGUUGAAUUGCGAUUUGGUAAUUCAUGUGGAAGACGUGGCAGCGGCAGGAAUGAAGUUAUUGGCUUUUUCCUUGACAUCUUGGUGUAUAAUUGCCUUUUUACUUGUUCAUUUCAUUCAGGGCAACAUCAUUUGAUAAUAUCUACUCUGCCUUUUAAAUUGCUCUUAUAAAAACUUGUCCAGCUUGUUAUCUACUGCCGCGCGGAGCAGACUGGGAAUCGGGAGACUACAGAGUUCAGAUAAGAACUUGGCCUGUGGACUUUUUAUCUGGGCCCAAUUUCAUAGAGUUUCUUAGGCUGAAAAUAUUACUCACAAUUAUCUGCUUAGUAGAAAUGAGCAGGAUGCCAAUUACAAACUGCGCAUGUGACAUGAUAUUUUGGCUGUUAACCCUGUUCUGGUGAGCAAUAUUUUGUUUUAUUUAUUUUUUUCCCCCUUUUUUUCCCCACGGAGGAAAUUAUUUAUUUACACUUAAGACCACUCCUCAUAUUACAAACACUCUGAAAAUACCUAACAUUAACAGUAA